AUGAAUGAGAACGUCAAAAUAGACUACGACACGGCCGAGAAGGUGAUGGACCUCGACGGCUCGAAGGUCUACGUGAAGACCAUCGGCGACAAGACGCGCGCCGACGGCGUCCAGGGAGGCUGCGCGGACUCGUCGACGCCGCCCGCCGCAGGUCGAUGAAGAUCAUGAUGAUCCCGGGCUUCAGCUGGGCGAAGUCCGUGGGCCCAAAGCUGCCAAAGUUGCCAGAUGGGAGCUGUCCCGCAUGGUGUCCGGCGACCCACUUCGGCUACCAGACCCAGGCGUGCUCCGGCGUUUGAAACUUCGCCUUCUUUAGCGCCCGACGGUCUCCUGCAGGGUACCUGCAAGAUCAACUUCGAGGACGGCACGUCGACCACGAUCAACGCCGGCGACAGCUACCUCGUCGAUAAGCCGCACCUGCCGGAGAUCAUCGGCGACGAGACGGUCAUCAUGCACGAGUUCUCGCAGCAGGUGAAGAAGGUCCUGGACUCGAUGAAGGACUGAGGCGCCGCGCGUCCCUUCCUAGAAGAUUCAUUACCUUAUAGAUAGUAGAUAGACUAGCCCUACCGGGGUCUCUCACCGUGAACGAGGCUUAGAAAUGAGGGUCAA